AUGUCUCCCUCAACCUGGCUAGCGUGGAUACCCGUGUGGCUGCCAUUUGACUCCAACCCUUUUGAUUGUGUAUUACAAGGUGGGUCGCUAUGCGGUUGUGCAUUUAUACGUUCGCCGUCUAUGUUAUUGCACCGGUUAUAUAUUACUUGAUAUCAAAGUCCUUGAAUUAUGGUGGUGAUGAUGAAACGAUCAUGUUCAGGAACUUUAUUGGUGAUGAUGAAGAUGAUAGUAACGCGCGCGCGUGUGUGUGCUUUUGGUCCUCAGGUCUGGUUGGUGCAUGUGGAAUCUCAGUGUUCUAUAAUCUCAUGAGAGUUCACCUACUCCUUCAGUCAAUCAGGUGAGAUACUAUUGCUUUUUAAUAUAUAUUGUCUCAAAACAAUAAAUAACCCCUACUGUAUUAGAGUAAAAAUAACCUGUGUUCAUGAAUGCUUAUAUCAAAUGCAAUGUUGUAAUCUAUAGUGUUUAUGUGUACAACGUUAUUUGUGUACACUUAACUUAAUCUCUCCCCUGUAGCAGUGGUUCUGAAUGUAAUGGGGACAGUAAAGAGAAGGAAAGGUCGAAGUCUUCACCUGCAGCAGGGAACAGGCCAGUGGGGGGACAUUGGUUGAGUGGUGUGCUGCAGUUUUGGUUCUUGACUGGCCUCCUGUCUCUGGUCGGCCCCCGGGUCUCCUCCCUAGUGGUCCUGGAGUUCUCCCUCAGGGCCGUUGCUGCCUGGAUCACUGCAGGACCGGUGAGACACAAACACAAACACACGAACACGCACACGUACACACACACACGCACACAUCAACACAGUGUGUUUUAUAUAGUUUUUUGGUUCCUUUUGUAAAUAUGAUACACUUGUGUUAUUUUAGUGUUUUGUUUUGGGGGAUAUUCAGUCAUUCAUUCUUCUAUAAAUGUAUUCCUUAAUCCAUUCGUUAAUGUGUCUGUCUGUCUGUCUGUUUCUUUGUUUCUUUGCCUGGCUCUGUACCCAGGAUGUCCUCCCAGGCAGCACCAAGCUCAUGCUGGUCCAGUGCCAGUUCUCUCUGGGCUGUGCUCUGAGCUGCAGUCUCCACUUCCUCCAGGAGGGGGCUCCCCACCGCUCCCUCAGCCUCCUGCUUGCGGCUGGCCUCAGCUGGCUGCUGGCGGGUCACUGCCACCUUCUCUGGGGCCACGUCUCCAGGCUCUACCACCUACACAGCUCCCAGCGUUACUGUGGGGUCUGCAUCACCCUCCUGACCUCCGGUCACUCCCUGCUCCCCUCGCUGCAGAGAGCCGUGGUCCUGGCCUUUGCCGUGGCCGGCAUGGCCGGCCUCGCCACCGUGCACCACCACUUCCUGUCCGAGGCGGAGUCUCUGAGGUUCUGGACACCACUGACCAUCUGCUACACCCUGUUGGUGGUCUACGUCCAAGGUGAUGCUUCACUUAGAUUAACUUGAUUUCCAUAGAAAUUCUUAGCAGCCCAAAGAAUGAGUUGAACCAAUCAAUUGAGAGAAGUAGCACCACAACAAGUAGCAUCGCCUCUUAAAGAUCAGGGUCGUGUUCAGUAUUGAGGAAACAUUUCAAAACAGAGUGAAAUGGGGCAAGUACUACUUCAAUUUGUCCAAUAAGAACACAGAUUUUCAUUUUCAGUCACAAAACGUUACAGUGUGCCCUACUGAACAGAAUCACCUUUAUUCGCCAAGUACAUUUACACAUACUCCGAAUUGUACUUGGUGAUAUGGUGCUGCUAGUGAUAGACAACAAUUAGAGACAGAAUACAGACAGCGGAGUUUACACAAAGUUUCCAUACAUUAUAUACAAACAGGUAGAGUGAGCAUAGAGCUAUAAGAGGAUGAGCAGAUAUACAAAUAUACAGUUGAUAUACAGUGGAUGUACAAAUGUACAUUAUUAGUAAAAUGGAUCUAGCACUCUAGUAGUGUCACGUUUGUUCAUUAUCUUCUCUAUUGCCCUCCACAGAGGAGCAGAAUCGGCGCCCUGGUAGUGAGGCCCUGCUGCACACGGUGGUUCUGCGUCUGGGAGCCCUGCUGGUGCUCAUGCUGAUGGUGGGCCGCUGGACCGACGUGCUCCAUAUCCUCAUCACCUUCCUGGGGGAAGCUGUCUGCCUGUUGCCUUCUCAGGACCUCCUCCAAGCCCUGCCCCAGGUCAGUGUGGCUCUACAGCCUGAACACAUCUCACUCUCGCUCCGUGUUUCUCUGUUUCUCUCUCUCCCUGUUUCUCUCUCUCUGUGUUUCUCUGUCUCUCUCUCUGUCUGUCUCUCUUUCUCUUUCACCUUCUCUUUCUUUCUCUGCAGGGACAGCGAAAACAUUUCACAGGGGGUGCGGGAAAACAAUGGUUUAAGCCUAGAUAUGUUUCUAAUAAGCCUAGAUAAUAUUUGGGUAGGCUAUUUGUUAGUCAACUUGUCUAUAAUUACAUACAUGCAGCUUCUCGUCUGUCAUAACUUUGCCCUAGAAGACGUAAUAUAGCUUUGCUUACAAGAAUAAUGUUAGAAUGAAUGCAUCAAUAAUCUAGUUGAAAUCGGUUACGUUUUCUCUUUCAUUUCUGCUUCGAUGAGCUUUAGGGAACGGGGAGAAAACACAAUACCUCUAAAACGUGAAAGAUUCUUCCGCUUUUAUGGCACAGACUUUUGUGAUCAUACGGUAAUCAUUGAUUCCAAAUCGUUUUCUGUUUCUUCAUGACAGUAUUCUCUGUUGUUCUAUUGCUCUUUAGGAGGAAGCAGAAAAAGACAUUCCCAGCAGAUCUGCCCGGCACUCCAGCAGCACACAGCAGCACAUGUCAACAAGGAGAAGUCUGUGCUCCAUGUCAUCAGACUGCGACACACAGAGAGACUAUCAGGCUGCAGAAUACCACAACACAGACCAGUCCCUGUUUCACUCUACCUCAGAUAGAGACAAAUAACUCAUACUUCAAAUAUUGCCAUCUACUGGCCUAUCUCACUCAGUGAUACUGUUGAAAUCCAAUAAUGUCCCCAUUUACGCAGCCAUAUUAAGCUUUGAUGCUGUUUUGUCACAUAGACGUACACCAUUUCUGUCAUAAAUUAUAUCAAUAUUAAAAUAUGAACUGUUGUUUAUAACCUUGUUAUGACACUAUGUUGUUUGGACCAGUGAAGGGAGACCUAAACCUGCUUACACAAGGACACUGAUCUGUUGUUUCUUUACUCUGUCUUCUCUUGAAUUAUUAACC